CACGUGGGGGUUUCAAAGGCUCAGCGCCCACUUGGGAUAGGACGCAGGACUGGGGGCUAAUAAAAGGGGGGGGCAAUUCUCUUGAUGUGUGAGGGGGGACGAGACCUAAAAGGCUUGAACAACAAACAGGAAAUGCCAGGCUCGGCUGCUGCUGAUGCAAAUACAGAAAGGGACCAGAAGCAGCAAGAGCAGCAACAGCAUUGUGAAGUUGGCAGGCGCUUUGAGAGCAACAGAUCCUCUGUUUGCGUGUCCAGUUUAUUUUUUCCUGCAUGCGUUCCUUGGGCAUUGCAACCAUGGGUUCUUGCUCCCUGACUCCCUGCCUCAGCAUCUCAGGUGUGCCUGUUCCAUGCUUGGUAAUGGCAGUUAUGUUACAUCUCACUCUGUCAUUCAAUGUUGAUGUGAAAGAUACAAUGACCUUCAGUGGCCCUGUGGAAGAUAUGUUUGGAUACACGGUUCAACAGUUUGAAAACGCAGAAGGAAAAUGGGUUCUUAUAGGUUCACCCUUAUCUGGUCAGCCCCAGAAGAGAACUGGUGAUGUGUAUAAAUGCCCUGUAGGACAGGGCAGUGGCUUGCCAUGUGUAAAGCUAAACUUAGCAGAUCAUAUAUCCAUUCCUAAAGUUACAGAAGUAAAGGAGAACAUGACCCUUGGAUCAACUUUAGUGACUAAUCCAGAAGGAGGGUUUUUGGCAUGUGGGCCUCUCUAUGCCUACAAAUGCGGUGGCUUGCAUUAUACCACUGGCAUCUGUUCCAAUGUCAGCUCUUCUUUUGAGGUCGUAAACUCCAUCGCCCCAUCUGUCCAAGAAUGCAAGACCCAGAUGGACAUUGUCAUAGUCCUCGAUGGCUCCAACAGCAUUUACCCGUGGCACAGUGUCACUGCUUUUUUAGACAGACUGCUGAAAAAUAUGGACAUAGGUCCUCAUCAGACACAGGCGGGGAUAGUUCAGUAUGGAGAAAAUGUAACCCAUGAAUUCAACCUCAACACAUACACAACCAAAGAAGAUGUGCUCGCUGCAGCAAAUAAAAUUAAGCAGAGGGAAGGGACACAAACCCUGACAGCUCUUGGAAUAGAUACAGCAAGGACAGAAGCUUUUACAGAAGCUCGUGGUGCACGCAAAGGAGUCCAAAAAGUCAUGAUAGUCGUGACAGAUGGAGAAUCUCAUGACAGCUACAGAUUAGAAAAAGUUAUUCAGGAUUGUGAAAAUGAAGCUAUACAGAGAUUUUCUAUUGCUAUUCUUGGCCACUACAACCGGGGGAACCUAAGCACUGAAAAACUUGUUGAUGAAAUCAAAUCAAUUGCUAGUGAGCCAACCGAAAACCAUUUCUUUAAUGUCUCAGAUGAAUUUGCUCUGCUUACAAUUGUUGAAGCUCUUGGAGAACGAAUAUUUGCCCUGGAAGCUACAAAAGACCAACAAGCAUCCUCUUUUGAAAUGGAGAUGUCUCAAGCUGGGUUCAGUGCCCAUUAUUCCCAGGAUUGGGUCAUGCUUGGAGCAGUUGGAGCAUAUGACUGGAAUGGAACUGUCGUCAUGAUGAAGGAGGAUGCCAUAGUAACUCCAGCAAAUGACACAUUUUAUGAUGAGUUUACAGAAAAGAACGAGCCUCUUGCAGCUUACUUAGGUUACACAGUAACUUCGGCCUCAGUCCCAGCUGAGACACUAUACAUCGCUGGCCAACCUCGAUAUAAUCACACUGGCCAAGUUAUCAUAUAUAGAAUGAGAGGCACUGAUAUAGAAAUACGUCAGCGAUUAAGUGGAGAACAAAUUGGAUCCUACUUUGGGAGUGUUAUCACAACCAUUGACAUCGACAAAGAUUCAUUUACUGAUAUCCUUCUGGUAGGAGCACCGAUGUACAUGGGGACCGAAAAGGAAGAACAAGGCAAGGUGUAUGUUUACUGUUGGAACAAGACAACAUUUGAAUACCAGAUGACGCUUGAGCCCAUAAAGCAAGCCUGCUGUUCACUCCUGAAGCACAGUGCCUGCAACAAGCACAACAAAAACGAACCUUGUGGGGCCCGUUUUGGGACAUCAGUUGCUCCAGUGAAGGAUCUCAAUCUUGACGGGUUCAAUGAUAUAGUCAUAGGUGCCCCUUUAGAAGAUGACCAUCGAGGAGCUGUGUAUAUUUACCAUGGCGAUGGAAAAAGUAUAAGGAAAGAAUAUGCUCAGCGCAUUGCAUCAGGUGGAGAUGGAGAAAAGAUGAAAUUUUUUGGUCAAUCUAUACAUGGUGAAAUGGAUUUAAAUGGAGAUGGAUUGACAGAUGUCACCAUUGGAGGCCUUGGAGGGGCAGCCCUCUUCUGGUCUCGUGAUGUUGCAGAAGUAAACGUAUCCAUGAAAUUCACACCUAACAAAAUUAAGAUCCUUAGGGAAGACAAUGACAUGGAAAAGCAAAGGGUGUCCAUCAACACCACCAUUUGCUUUGAAGUCAGAUUGAAAUCAAAGGAUAUCUUCAUGAAUGAAACAAGUAUUCAGUACUGGAUAACACUCGAUGCAGAAAGGGCAUCACCGCGAAGCCUUUUCACAGAAACAGCUGAACGGAAGAUACAAAAAAAUAUCACAGUCAAAGGUUCAGAAUGUGUUAAGCAUAACUUCUACAUCUUGGACAAGCCUGACUUUCGUAAUUCUAUAAAGGUUUUGUUGGAGUUCAAUUUCUCUGAUCCAGAGAGUGGACCUAUUCUUGAUAAUGCACUGCCCAGCUCAAUAUAUGAAUAUAUUCCUUUCACCAAAGAUUGUGGAAAUAAGAAGAAAUGUAUUACUGACCUACAGCUGACUGCCCAUGCCAACAUAGGAGGAAGCAGUGUAUCUCCAUUCAUCAUCAAGUCAAGUAAUGUCAAGUUCAGCGUGCAUAUGAGUGUUAAGAAUAAAAAAGACAGUGCUUAUAAUACAAGAGUCCUUGUUCAGUAUUCUCCAAAUAUUAUUUUCUCUCGGAUUGAGAAUUAUAUGCAGAUAAUACAAAACGUCAGCUGUGAAUCUGGGCAAAACAUCACCUGUAAAAUAGGCUAUCCUUUCCUAAGACCUAAAGAUGAGAUUUCCUUCACCGUAUCAUUCCAGUUCAAUGUGUCUUACCUUCUGGAAAAUACCACAAUUCAAUUUUCUGUGACAAGUGACAGUGACGAACACAAUGAGACUCUUUUUGACAACCAAGGAAGUAUUGUAAUACCAGUGAAGUAUGAAAGUGGAUUGAUAUUUAAAAGAGAUCCCAGUCUGCAUCACAUCAGUAUCGCCGCAAAUGAUACAGUCCCUGGAACAAUUAACUCCACUGAGAACAUUGGGGAUGAAAUUAACAUAAAAUAUUCGAUUGAAACAGAUGAACAUUUUCCAGUACCACCGCUUACUCUGCAAAUUUUAUUUCCUAAUCUGGUUUCACCUGAAAAACGUGUCCUCUACCUAACCAGAAUAACACACACAGAGAAUGUCUGGUGCCAGUCCAGCCACCCCGAGGACCCCCUGAAGAUUGAUGCUGGGCAUCCAUUUGUGAUGACAAGAAUACGAGAGCCUCUAAAGGAUCCAAAAAUAAAUUGUGAUUCAUAUGAUUGUGCAUCCAUUAAUUGUACUGUGGCUCCAUCCAAUAUCACUCAGAUGAACAUUUCACUCCGACUCUGGAAGCCUACCUUUAUAAAGGCAAGAAUUUACAGUGCAGAGCUCACCAUAAGGGCAUUACUGAAAAGUGAAAACUCGCUAUUGAUUUUGAAGAAAGAAAAUGAAAGAGUAGAGACCACUAUUAACAUUUCAAGAGAGUAUCCUCCUGGUCGUGUACCAUUAUGGGUUAUUUUGCUGAGUGUUUUUGCUGGACUUUUGAUCCUUACACUACUUAUAUGUGCAUUGUGGAAGGCUGGAUUUUUCAACAGACCAUUAAGGAAGAAAAUGGAGAAAUGAGGAAUUCUACCAAAAGAAAAGUUUCACAGUUCUAAAAUGAUCUGUCCUCAGACAAUCCACAGAAAUAUGACUGUAAAACACUUCCUCUGAGUAAUCUAGGUAGUCGCAAAGUUUUGUUUUUGAUCAGCAGAGAAUGUCUAACACUACAAACAAAGAAAAAAUGAAAAGAAAUGACAAAUCAAAGAUAGAAAUGGAUAGCACAGGGAGGCAAUUAUCCUUCUUUUCUGGCCAGGAUCAAAAAAUGCAUGCAAAUAGUUCUGUGCUUUUAAAGGAUCUUGUUUUUCAAACAACCAUUCCACCUGGACAGGCAAACUACUUUUGAAAUGGGGGGGGGGGGGUUGGGUGUUUUAAAAGCAUGUUGUGAUACUGAUGGGGUGGGAAUGAUCAAAGAAAAUAAGAGCAAAACUCACAAGGCUGAGAACAGAUUGCCUACAUAGCUCUUUUGAUACGAAGCAAUAUUUUCAAAACUGUUGGCCUUUCUCAGGGCACACCUCCAGGGCUGUCCUCCCAUGCAACCUUGCAUGGAAGUUUGCUGUAUUGAACUGAAUAGGAAGUAUCUUCAAAUAACUGCCUUGGGGACACUCUUUGCUAUGUCUGCAAACUCAAUCUUGAAUCUUUCCAAAAUGGGUGAAGGAAUGGAAUCAGUUAGUUCCCUUCUUACUUUCACAAUUUAAACAUUCAAAGUAGGUACCUCACUACGCCUGAAUUCCAGACGCCGGAUAUAUUGUUAUUUUGCGUUAUGCACACAGUUACCUGGGAUAGAACCCUCAGUAUGUAUCAAAUAUAGUAUGGAAUUUGAGAGAGCCAGUGGCUCGCGUGAUAACCCUCAUUCAGGUGUUCAAUUUAGGUGGAGUGUGGAUUGAUAAACCAUGGGGUGUUGUUGAUACAUGGAUUAUAGUGCUAACAUAGCUGUGGUAACAAGUCAUGCCUUGUUAAGCACUAACAACCCAUGAAGGGAACUCAUGGUUUGCUACUGGGUUAUGAACUCUGGGUUGUUUACCACGUUUUGUUAUCUCAGCCUGGUUCAGAUAAUAGGAUGACCUUUGCUUCAACAACUACCACACUUCAGAGUGUGGAUUAUCAUGUUGUCUGAACCCAGUCAAUCCUCCCAAAUCUUUGCAUUUAACACUGUGUAAUUUGGGUAGCAUCUGCUUCUCAUGAGGAUAAUUAUAGAGAAGAAAUAACUCAGUGGCAGUGAACAUGCUCUGCACGGAGAAGAUACAAGGUCCAGUCUUCGGCAUGUCCAUGAACACCUGGAGAGCCUCUGGAAACCUGGAGAGCUGCUGUUAGUCAGUGUACCAAGCUCUCUGACACAGUACAAGUUAGCUUCUUAGGCACCAGGUAGUGGUUCCCAGCCCUGCUGCAUUCCAGGUUCAGUUCCGUGACAUCUCCAGGUAUAGCAGGAGAAGGCUCUUUCUUGAAACCCCAGAAAGCUGCUGCCAGCCAAUAUAGAUGGGAGUCAACCAGGUGAGCCAAUGGUUUGAUUUCAUACAUGGGAGUUUCCUGUGUACCUAAUGCAUGGAAUUGUGUAGAGAAGGCCAGCUUCAAAUAAUAGAACAUAUAAUGUCAGAAAGAUACCUGCCUGGUUCAGACAUAACAGAAAUCAUGAUUUUCUGAUACAUGCAGAAGACUUCUGAUCUUCCCUCCCCUUCCCUCUUUUCAUACUCACAAAAAGAAGGCUGGACAUUUCCACUUCCUGUUUUAAACCACAACUUUUGUGAUGUCCGAAUUCAGGGGCUUGUGCUUUUCUUAAACUAUGGUUGAAAAGAACAAGCUGGGGUGAAGCCAUCAUUUCGUGAGGAUUCUAGCUUCCUCCUGGAAGGCAUUUCUUUUAGGUUGGAUGCCAUGAGAAACUGUGGUUGGUCUACAGCUGGGAGAAGCUGUGAGAGGAAGGGCAGUGAGAGGGCCUGGAUUCCCCCUUCUGAGGUUGCAGCAGUGCCUAGAACCUUGGCAAGGAGACUACAAAGAAUCCUAUGAUUCUUGGAACACUGUCCAGAGAACAUACAGUUGCUCUCUAAUCCAUUCAUAUUUAUGCUUAAGUUGGGACUGUUUACACAAGACUUCCUGUAGAUGUUUAACUUGGUGGCCAUGGAGUACAAGGGGCACUCUGAAAAGAACAUGAUCAUUUUUGCUUUAAGCCAGUUGCACAACCUUUCAAGCACCAAGGGAACCACAUGAUGCUGGCUUGGUACAUGGGGGUGCACACAUAUAUACAUAUUUGCUAAGAUGUGUAUACCCAGAUAGAUAGAUAGACAGGCAGGCAGGCAGGCAGGCAGGCAGGCAGGCAGGCAGGCAAACAGAGCUGCACUCCAAGCAGAAGUGAUGCAGUCCUCUCUUUUAUUGCUGCUUGUAGUAGCAGGGAAGUGUGAUGUGCCACAGACCAGUGCUGAGCUGCCUCCAGAUGGGUUAAUCUAGCAAUCCAUUUAAAUGCCAUUGAUGCCAUUUGAAAGAGAGAUGGUUUCCCUACUGUAACUGGCAGUGAGCCAAGUUUUGACAAAAAUCCAGCAUUAGUUCUGUGCAUGAGCAUCCCAGACAUUACGUGUGCCUCCCUGGUGCUUUACGGUGCUCUCCAACAUGUUUUUAUUUACCCACUAUUGUUAAAAAGCUGAUAUGCGUGUGUGCAGAUGAGUUGAGUCCUAUGGGCUCACUGUUGAAGAUUUUUUGAUAGGUGACCAAGUUUGCAUGCAGCCUUUUAAACGAUCUAGGGAUGUAAUCGUGCUUCUGUGCCCGCAAUAGGGCUCUUGACUGUAAAACAUUUCCCCAUCAAUCAACCAAUUGACUCACACUGAAGUUUGAUUUUUUUAUUCAAAUAGCACUACCCACAAAACAGCCUCCCAUGCAUGUGGCUUGCAAUAGAAUAUUUACUUAAGCAUCUGCUUAUAAUUUAAUCAGUCCACUGGAAUUUUGGAAAUGUAAAGCAUUUCAGUGAAAGACUCUUCUACAUCAAAAAAAAAGUUUUUAAGCUGAAAAAGAACAAAUUCUAUAUGUUUCUAUAAUCUACUGCUACAAGGAUAUAGAGUUUCCUCUUUUUAAAACUGGGCUUCUUGUAAAAUAAUACGGAUGAAUCAGCAUGUUGCCACCAGUGUGCAGAUACCAGGAAUUCACUGUGCUAAUUUGUUAAAUCGAAUCAACAAUUCAAUUUAAUUGGAUUGUUAAAUUGGAAUUCACUGUGCUAAUUUGUUUGUUUCCAGAUACCAGCCUUCCACAACUUGGCGUCUCCUAGAUGUGUCAGACCACAGCUCCCAUCAUCCAUACAUACUAUGGCAAGUGGCCCUGCCACUUAGGGAUGAUGACAGUUGUAAUCCAACACAUCUGGGAGCAUCAGGUUGGAAAAACCUGGAGAACAAUAUCCAUUCCCCCAAGAGCAAUGUUGUGUCGGUGCUUGAUAAUGCUUUCAGUGACAACAAACUCUGUCUUCACAUGUUUUUAAGGUCCAGUUACUCAAGCAUAUGGAGAGGUGUGGGAUCAAUACCCUCCCAAAGUUAAAUGCAUUACGAGCAAUAAGAACCAAAGAAGGACUACAGUAAAAAGAAAAAGUACAGGGCCUUAACAUUACCAUAACACCUAGUUGUUUGCUACAUGAUUGAGGGAUUAUUAGAACAGUAGCUAUAGUAAGUAUCUUGAAUGCUAUUAUAUACACUGUUAUAUAGAAAUACACUGAAAUAGAUGGAAUGUUUAAAUUCUUACAAAACAUUAAUGGCCUGAUCCUAAACCGAAUGGGACAAACCCAGUUGAAUUUAACCAUGAGUGACAAAGUCGCAGUGAAUGUGCUAGAAAUAAAGGCAUGAGUAAUUUGUUUUAAGAGGGUAUCAUCACAGCUUAAUUUAGCUGGAUUGGUAGAGAGAAAUGGCAUUAAUGAUGUGGACAGUCCAGAGCGUCUUUUUGGCUGAUGGACAGUAUAAAAAUUUUAUAAAUAAAUAAAUUCAAAUACUCCCUUUUAAAUAAGCAAGCUUUGGAUCAUGGCCUGAAAAUUGCACUCUGUGAGUUGUAUUCAGUACUGUCAUUCUGAAGAUGGAAGAUGUUCCAUCAGUGGAAUGAAAGAGGACUCUUCUUCCUUGAUAGCUCCCACUCAUAAUCUCCAAGUUUGCUGUAAAGGGCCAGGAGACCCUCCAAAGCAGAUAUUUGGAACGUGUGGAUGGCUGCAGAAAGGAGGAGAGAGGGAGAAAGUCUUGCUGUGCUAGUGGACUUCCACUAACAUGGCAUAGCAUCUAUUUCCUGAGAUCAGCCUAGUUAAAGACAGUUGAGCUGCUCCGGAAAAAGCAAGUUGUAUAUUAGUGUCUAGUAUAUAGUGUAAAAUUAUUAUUCUGUUUCACAUAAAUCACUUUUGUUCUGCACUGUGAAAAUAUUUUGCUGUGCAUUCAUCGGAGUUGCUUACCAUGUAGAUAAAUGCAAAUGUUUUAAACAUAACCAUGGUACCGAUAUUAUUUAAUGUCAAUAUCUGAUUGCUCUUUUUCCUGCUAUCCUUUCUACCUUCCUCAUUAUUCCAGUGCAGUGCAUCUUUUAUUUUUUCUGUCUUUCUGAAUCUUGGUCUGGUUCAUACUGAAUGACAAACCAUAGGAUUUCAGCCAGAGCCUCACUAAUUCUAAACUCAGCCUCCAAGCCUGCACAGUAACAUUUGUGUAAAGAAAAACAAAACAAAAAAAAGCUAUGAUCUACAUAUAGCAAUUUUGCUCUGAACGUUUAAUACCAAGUGGCGUGUAGCAUACACAUUUAUGUGCAUUUCCCUAUACAAGUGGAUGUUCCAUACGUGGUAGGAAAGGAAACAUGAGCCAAGACUCACUCCCUACAUGCCACGUAUAACAUUCCAGGUAUAACCUAUAAGCUAGCACAAAUGUGAACUGGCCUUUAGGGCCAAACUAGCCAUAUAGAUUAGGGCCUCGUGGAACAUUUACAUUUGAGCACAGCAGCACAUACCAACCAAGAUGGCAUGUCUGUUCUUAUCAACACACUAACUUGCUUUGAGGCAGCGUAUCUGUGUGGCUAAGCCAUUAAGGUUUGGAUAUGGAAAACCAGGGCAAAUUGGCUAUGGAACUUCUGGACCACCUUGAGCAAGUCCUCCUACUUUAUCACACUGGCCUAUUUAUCCACAUUUACCACCUGAGGUUCCUUGGGAAAAAGACAGUUUGAAAAUGUGGUAGAUAUAGCAGCCAUAUACAGCUCACACCCGUGAAGUUAUCAACAUAAAUAUUUCUGGAGUUCCGGCAAAAAGGAACCGUGAGACCGUCAGUCAUUUGAGCCAUCGGGGAAUCAAACCCUACUGCACAGAAAGGAUGCAGAUGGGCUCAGAUUGUUCUUCCUGAAAGGCAAUGGGGUGAACGUGGAAGGAACAAGCCUCUGUAAAGAAAUCUCUGCCUGCCAAGCAUUUCUUGGGGAACCAGCCACAUUUUCAGCUGCUUCUACCUUCUGCUAAUCAACUGACUGCUCGUCUUUUCACUUGAUCCAGUGAGCAAUUGUUCUUCCUUUCUUUUUUGAUAUUCAGUCCCCACAAUCCAUUUUCUUUCUGUAUGAGGACAGGUGCAGUACCUCCUUAAGUAGGGGAUCUUUCUGUGUUCCACACUGGACAAUCCAGCUGUUUGCUUACCCUCGGGACCCCCAGACAAUCGAGUUCUUAUCCCUUCAGGAAAAACCCUGUGCCACUGGAUUGCAAUGUGCUCCAGAAUCUGCUUGGAGUGGUAGAUAAUAUUGCAAAUAAAAUCUACAAAUAAAUUCAUUCAGCUUAUGCAUCAAGGGAAGGAGAGUUCUCCAUCACUCCUGUUGAGGGAGAUUCUGUCUGUGCCAUGCUCUUCCUGCACAAAUCCAUGCUGGAGCAGCAAGGCCAGACUCUUCAAGUUUACCUACAUAUCUAGAGAGUUAGAAGUUCGGUUCAAUGGAAAUGCAACAGAUGUUUAGCUGGGCAUGUCUUUAGGAUAAACCAAAGUACCUUCAAGGAAGCUGAAAUCACUUUAUACACUGCUGUUGAAGUGGGUAUGGAUGGUUAGUGUGCUAUUGGUAUCACGUAACUUACUUGAAUAAUGCAUGGUUUUAAAGACAGAGAACAGUGGAAGAAGGAGCUUUCUUCUGUGUGUGUUUUUGUCUCUAUAUGUUCUUCACUGCAUUUGAUCAUUAAAAAGAAAUCAAACACCCUCCA